AUGGCAACUUAUGCCGCUCUUGUUUCCCUUGCUCAAACUACAACCUUUGAUACAAAUCAUGCCAUAUCUGACUUUUCUAUCAAUGCAAAAGAAAACAUUAGAUCAAUCCGCGAGUAUGUCAUCACCACCUUGCUUACCUUUCUCGAAGAUUAUCCAGAGAGAACCAACCGUUGGGAAGCCAAGCUGAGGGACAUAGCUCAGAAAAUUGAAGAUAUGAUCGAACAAUUUAUGUAUUAUGGAGGGAAGGAAACAUCAACAAGCUUCACUUUUGAAAAGGAGCUAAAAAAUGUAACGCUAAACUUCAGUUUAUUUGUUGGAGAUGUGAUGGACGAGCGACCUUCUUACUCAUCUCUUUCUCUCUCAUCAUCAUCAUCAGAAGCAUCAAGAGUUCCACCUACUACGAACGGCGCGGCGGUUGGCUUAGAUGAAGAUGUGAUGACAAUAAAGGAGCUUCUUUGUGGGAGGCUCUCAUUUAAACUCCAAGUCAUGCCCAUAUUAGGAAUGGGUGGCAUUGGUAAGACCACUCUAGCUAGAACUGUUUAUGACGAUCCAUUAAUCACACAUCAUUUUGAUAUUUGUGUUUGGCUUACAAUAUCACAAGAUUACAAUGCACAGAAAGUUCGUUUAAGUCUUGUGGAUUCGAUUAAAAUUAUGGAGGAACAUAUGCCUAGAUUAGAGAUGGAUGAUAUUUCAAUAUUGAUGAAGAAAGCUUAUAAAAAGUUAAAAGGUUGGAGGUAUCUCAUGGUAAUGGAUGAUGUGUGGAGCACAAAGGUUUGGGAUGAUAUAAGGAAUGUAUUUCCGGAUGAUGCUAAUGGAAGUCGAAUCAUGAUUACCACAAGACUAGAAGAUCUAGCCGUUUAUCCGAACUCUACUUGUGCUCCUCAUAAGAUGAGGUUCAUGAGUGGCUCUCAAAGUUGGGAUUUGUUUAAGGGAAAGGUGUUUGCAGACAGCAAUUGCCCACCAGAAUUGGAGUAUGUGAUACGCUCGGAUCUUGCACUGUUUUAA